AUGGAAGACUCAAAAUCCGCUGCAUCAGUGAAGGAGGAAUGGAGGAACAACUUACGCAAUGCGAAGAAUAGAGAUAUAUUUGAGAUCAUCAAGACAGCGAUCGUGUUGGCUGCUUCUAAUCGCCCAACGGAGUUCCAAAUUAGAAGAGACAUGAUUGCUCAAACUCUCUUCUUCGAUGAUCAGUUGAUCAAGCACUCUGAAUGUGAUAAGUGUAAGAAUCAGAGCCCCGACGUCAGUAAUGAAAGGGAAGACACGUUGAACACUUCUGUUGUGCUUAAUGAAGAAAGCCGGGAAAGGAGCAACAGCCAGGGAAAGCCACCGAUAGAGAAGCAAAUCGUACCCACCUGCAAACAGCAACAGCAACAGCCGACGAUGGUGAACACAUUGAAGUCCAAUACGGAAACGAAGUUUCAAAUUCCAAAAGUUAACGAUGAUCUUGGUCCUAGGGUUUACAGUCAGGGAGUUGCUGAGGUCCUGAGGAUGAAAAAGAUUCUUGAAAGGAGUGGAGAUGAAUCUGAAUCUGUAGUAGUAGUGUGGGAUUUGUUAACGAAACUUCAAUCCAUGGAGUUAACUAUGAAAACUCUGGAGACAACGAAGAUUGGGAGAACCAUAACCACUCUUAAAAAGCAUCCAUCCGAAAAAGUUCGCCAGAUUGCUGUGAAACUCGUGAAAGAAUGGAAGCGCACAGUGGAGGAAUGGAUCAAGAAAGAAUCAAACCAUGUCGAACUAAAAUCCCAACAAGUAAACCCAAUCAAUCUGGAUAUGAACACGAAGAGGAAGUUGGAAGGUUCAGAAAAAGAUGCAAAGAUUGGAAAUGGCGGAGUGGUAGAAUCGUUGGUGAAAUUUGAAGCAACAAAGAGAAAGAUGCAAGAAGUGUAUGCGAAAGCAGAAAACAUGAAGAAGAGAAGAACAGAAGUGAUUGAGCUGCAUGAAGCCCUUCUCCUCCCAUGCAUUGACGGCAACAGAAGAAAGGUUAAUUGGCGCCGGCGAUGCUGA